ACUAAGUAGUAUUCUAGUAAUAAUAGCUACUUAGUAUUUUAUCAAUAAGAUGGCAGCCUUCACGAAAGUUAUACAGAUUUCAAAAGGUGUAAAUAAUGUGACAAAACUGUUUACAAAUUUAGUUUUAUCACAAAAUGUAAAUUCAGUUACGACUUCGAUGUUUAUUCAAAGGGCGCCCACUUUUCAAUAUUCUUUCAUUCAUACUACACCUAAAUGUAAUGAUUUGAUGGAAUUUUUUGAUACCCCAAAAAAUUGGGAAAAGGAUAAAAUACGUGUUGGGCGUUCUUGGAAAAAAGAUGAACUAAGAUUAAAAAGCAAUGAAGACCUUCAUAAAUUAUGGUUUGUAUUAUUAAAAGAACGCAAUAUGCUUCUAACAAUGGAAGAAAUCUAUAAACGACAAUGGAAAUAUUUUCCAAAUCCUGAAAGAAUUGAUAAAGUUGAAGAUAGCAUGGCUAACUUAGAGUCAGUAGUUCGUGAAAGAAAUAAAGCAUACUAUAUGCUUGAAACUGGAACAAAUGGAGAACGACCUGUUGUAACAAAAUAUAAUCCUCUUGGUUUACGUUACUUUUAUCGAAUGAGUCAAUAUUCUAGACCAAAACAUAAAAAUUCUGCUUGGCACAAAAAAUAUAAAUUUAAUUUUGGUGGAUAUGCAGUGCAAAAAUUUUUGCGACUUUAUAGAGAGAAAUUAUGGAAUGAAAAACGUAGAUUAAUAAAUCGUCAAAGAAAUAAGGUGACUGUUUUAAUGCGAAUUUUCCCCAACCUUGAUAUGGAAGCUGUGAAAGAACAAUAUCCAUUGGCAGAUAUAGAAAAGGCAAAGAAACAUAGACAUGCAGAUGGACACUUUAUACGCGAUUAAAUGCAUUUUCUCACUACGUGAUAUUUUUAACUUUUGAAAUAGAUUGCAAUAUUGAUGAAAGUACUUUCAAUUAAAAUGAUAUUAAAUGUGACAAAAUUAAAUUCAAAGUAUAAUUCUACAACAAGUAUUUCAAUACUUAAAUACUAUGAAUAUUUGUAAAACUUUUCACAUCUAAUUGCUCACAAGUAUCAUUAUAUGUUAUUUUAUAUGUAUAAUCUAGACUUCAGUUCGAGAAAUGAUAACGACAAACAAGUUAUUAUGUAGAAGAAUUUAUUGCAAUAAAAACAAAGUAAAAGAUA